AUGACGAUCCCCACUUCCAUCAUAGUCAUCCAGCUUGCCGCUUGGGUGCAGACGACCACUUUCCUGAUCGUAUGGCUUAGGAAGGCGCGCAAGGCACCGCCGCCAGAUGUCACAGCCUCUGCCAGCGUCUCGCGAAGGACCCUGCUGGUCUACCGCCUCGCCUGCCUGGGGUAUGCCCUGUUCAUCGGCAUCCGGCAGUACCUGGAUCGUGGCAGCAUUGCGUUCGUCUACUAUACCGUCUGGAACUGGUGGCUGCUGACCGCCUACUUUGCACUGGCAGCCCUUGCCAGCUGGCUGGCAAUCAGCCGCAAGGGGUGGAGUAGCGCAAAGCCCAGGACCCUGCACUGGGUGCUGGUGGCCAUCUUCCACACCGAAGCCUCAGCCAUCGUCGUGGUCGACACCAUCACCUGGCUCGUCCUCGUGCCCAUGCUGAUGGCAGACCCCGACCCGGCGCGGCGCGCGAUGUGGGCGUCCCGCCUCUUCUGCCUCGAGUCGUACAGCCAGCACGGCAUCAACGCGUUGAUGAUGGCCGGCGAAAUCGCGCUGGGCUGCCUCCCGCCCGACCUCUGGGCGGCGGGCGGCCAGGGCGCCUGGGCCGGCGUCUACGGAGUCUGGGCCGCCGUCUUCUUCUUGCGCCACGGCCGCCCCAUCUACCCCUUCAUGGAUGUGAAGCGGCCGCAUGCCUGGGUCGGCUUCCUGGCCAUGUUUUUACUGGCGUGGGCCGGGUUUGGCCUGGUCCAGGGCGGCCUGGCCCUGCGGAUGCGGGCCGAGCGCAGGAGCGUCGCUCUCGCCGCCAGAAAGGUGGAGUGA